AUGCGGUUAGUGGUUUAUGGAGCACGUAGAGCGUUCUUGCGUGGCUUGCACCGCACCACUACCAAUCUCCAUAGGUCAGACAUAGAUCUGUUCAACAAAAGCAAAAAAGAGUACCUGUUUGGACAUAAUUUCAGCAGUGUGGAUGAGAUUGCCGGAGCUGAAAGGCCAACUUUGGAGUCUAAUACGAACGAUUUGCACGAACGCUUGGGCGAUAUACACGCUCAAGUUGCUAGGGAUCCACGCUUGAAGGAUAUGGACCCGAAUUCAGCGGAUUACAAGUACCAAUUCCUGUUGAUUGCUCGAGAAGAACAGGAGAAAUUAAUAAAUCGAAACAAAAAACUGUUUGAAUUCAAUGAGAGAAUGAAGGGAGUGGGUUUGGGUAUAGCAUUGCUCGUUUUAGCGAUAGGGGGUCAUCAGGUGUUCAUGAAUUAUGAGUAUUUGAAAAAUAGUUUGUUGCAUGGCUACUGGUACGAUAUUGAAGAGAAAGUUGGUCAGGAGCCUCCAAACAGAAAAAGCACAAAAUACUUGACAGAAAAGGUUCAGCAGCAGCUCACAGAUGAGUUUGUGGCUGGAAUUAAGCCUUCGAGUGAGCCUGGCAUCUACAUCUUUGGAGCCAUUAAUAACCGUCGAUUACCCACCAGGAUACUAUACUUCGACGGGAUGAAAGUAGACGAUGUCUCAGUAGCCAGGGAUUAUGCGGUGGUGAUCAGCAAUGGAAAACUUUAUCAAUGGAGUCCAAAAAUGGAUACUCCACAAUCGACAAGGAUGCCCUUUAAGGCAACAAAAUGUCACGUUUCAGACAAUUUCAUCUACUUUUUAACCACCAAGGGACAGGUUGCUUACACGCCACGAGCAGAUACCCGAGUUGAGUUCCAGCCACAAGCCACAAGAAACUGGUUGGGAUUGACGGUGAAGCAGAAUUUCAAUUAUCUCUCGUUCGACUCGCUCGCCAGUGGUGAAAAAAUUGCAGAUGUAUCUUUCGGCAAGUCUCAUUUACUUGCUCUUACGAACAAAGGUAGGUUGUAUGUUGGAGCUACCGAAUCGGUUGCCAAUUAUGGUCAAUUUGGACUUCCAUCUCUCUCACCAUUUGCCAAAGACAAGGCCAACCUCGCCCUUUUCGAGACAAAAGAGAUGCCUCUCUUAAACAACGAGGUUAUACACAAGAAGAAAAAGGCCGUUUUGAGUCCCCGUCGCUUCACAAGCAUUGCUACUGGAGAUUUCCACAAUGUUGCGGUCGAUUCAACUGGCACCAUAUGGGCAUGGGGCAAGAAUAACCACGGCCAGUGCGGUAAGGAGACCUCAUAUCAGUCUGAGCUUCAGCCCAUACCUUCGCCAAUAGGUUUUUCAAAGUCCAUGUUGAAAGGAGGAAAGGUGACCAAAGUGUUUGCCGAUGGAAGUACUUCUUUUGCUCAGGUCAAUGGUGAUGGAAAUGUCCAUUUAUUGGCGUUUGGAGAUGGAGUCAAAGGUCAGCUCGGUAUCAAUCGGUUCAUGCAUAUUUGCUCGGUUCCACAGUCGGUUAAAGUGGUAGGAACCUUGACGGAAUUUGACGAGACGGAGAACGAGGUGGUGGGAAUCGGCAUCAAAGAUGUCAGUGUUGGUGCUUCUCAUACAUUUGUGACUUUGGACAAUAUCGGAGACAAGAAAGAUGUGUUGGCUUUUGGAGAUAACGAGUUUGGUCAGCUUGGAAAUGGAAAAAGAAUCAGGUCUAGCAAGCCUAUAAAUUUACCGCUGUUGAUUGAGCCAGAAGAAGUGAACGGAGACAACAGAAAAAGCCAAGCCGAGGCACUAGCCAAGCGGUUCAGCGAACUCACCACCAAAAGGUUGCAACUACAAGUUGGCCAGGCCAUCCGCGCCGGCGAGGAAAGCAGUGCUAUUUUCACCAAGCGGUGA